AUGCGAACACUGCAGACCCUCAGCAUCCUCGGCAUAUCACCAGUACUACAAUGUACAGCAUGCAGACAUGCUCCUCUAUUCUCCCACCAAGACCUCCGUCCUCAAUGCCCCUCCACGCUUCCCUCAUCGCCCAACCCAACCCUCUUCCGCCGUUCGCUGACUCAAGCCCGCCUCUCCUCCUCCAGCAGCCCAACAUUUUCCUACCGCAUUGCCGCCUCUUUCUCCGGAAAAGGCCGCCGUUUCAACCCAAAGACUGACCUCUACUCCCACAAUUCUGAUCUUGAGCUCCUGGAAGGGGCCUUCACCGGACGGCCAAGCAGCGGUCAAGACGCCUUCUUCGUCAGCAAGAUCGGAAACAGUAGUAGUACUGCGUUUGGCGUGGCGGACGGAGUAGGCGGAUGGUCUGACUCGGGGUUCGAUUCAGCGCACUUUUCGCAUGGGCUGUGUCAGUGGAUGGCGAGGGGCGCGGAGAUGGUGGGUGUGGCAGGAGGGGAAGCGGAGGUGAAGAAAUUGGGCCCAAGAGAGCUUCUGGAGAAGGCAUAUGCGGGCAUUGUGGCCGACAAGGUGGUUGAGGGAGGCGGUAGCACGGCUUGUGUGGCUGUGGGUCGAGGAGAUGGCAACCUGACCGUUGCGAAUUUAGGUGACUCGGGCUUUGUCCAGCUCCGGCUCAAUGCCGUCAACUAUUAUUCCAACCCUCAAACCCACGCCUUCAACACACCCUAUCAGCUCUCCAUCGUCCCGCCUCGAGUCCUCGCCCUCUCCAAAGCCUUCGGCGGCGGUCCCCUCCACGAUUUGCCAAAGGACGCCGGCAUCUCGACGCAUGAAGUCCGGCACGGUGACGUACUUGUCUUCGCCACAGACGGAGUUUGGGACAAUCUUAAUCCUACCGACCUACUAAAGAUCGUGAGCCGGCAGAUGACGGGUUUCCAAGCCUGGGUCAAUGGCGACAAAGGCACGGAGGUAUCUGACAAGAUUUAUGAUCUUGCAAAAGAUGGAGGCAUUGCCGUGCAAGUGGAGAAUAGUCUACAGUCUACGCUAGCUGUCAACAUUGUUGGGGAAGCAAAGGCCGCUAGUGUCGAUCACAAGAGGGACGGACCUUUCGCAAAGGAGGUUCAAAGAUUCUAUCCCCAUGAGGACUGGCAUGGUGGAAAAGUUGAUGAUAUUUGUGUCGUUGUUGCCGUCGUCAUUCACGAUGAGCCGGCCCCUCCUUAG